AUUCAUCUGAGACAGUUUCUCGCCCAUGGUCCAGUGGGUGGAGCCGUAGGUGUGGCCGACGUGGUCCACGCCCAGGAAAUGCCCCACCAGAAACUCUGCAUCACCUCUCUUUAGCUCCGGUCCCACGUGAUCGAUACGCCGUUGUCCACCGUGUGAAGAUCUUUCACGUUCAGAGAGGGAUAGUCGAAAACCCUCGUGAGCAUCCCUUCGUACAGCCCCAGCCAGGUGUCGUCACCUAUAAAGGUGAGGUUGCGUCCGUUGGCCUUCAUCUGGUGAGGAAGACUGUCCUCGGUGAUUUCGUGGCUGUUGAAGUUGCUGCCAAUGUCGAUAAACGUAGGGAGGCUCCCGGUCGUUAGGGCCUUCAGUCGUUGCAUGGUGGUGGUCGGUGGGUCCGCUACAAAGCGAAAGAGUCUCGCGUUUUGGGGACGGUUGGCGAGUAGGUCGCGAACGUACGGGAGUUUGUUGCGGUAGACCGGAGGUGACGGGUCGAGGCUCGCGUCGUACUCUGCGAAAUCGUAGCGAAGGGCGUCUAUGAGCAACCACAAGACUCUCUUGAACCUCCUGGGGUAGGGGUAGCACGUUCGAGACUCGUCGGGGAUUGCCUCUCCGGUCUCAUCCGGUUGGGAAGGUGUGAAGUGCCCGAGGGAGCAGUUGCUGUACUCUGGGAUGACAACUCGACGCAAGAGAAAGCCUUUGCAGAAGAGCAGGAGGGCCACCGCGUGGCAGACCAAUAGUACCAGUAGAAGUAGGCUGCCUCUAGGCCUUGCCAUUUCCUCUGCGCCUCUUUGAGCGCUGGAAAGCUAGACCCAACGACCCGACUUUUUUUUAGGUGCGCGUUAGUUAGGAAAGUUGUUGGUGUGCUUUAAUUAGAAUAGGUCCGUUGGCCACGUGCACUUCGAGGACGAAACCCGUUAACAAUGGUGAGAAUAGAGCGCUGCUACUUCUGCUCGUCUCCAGUAUAUCCUGGACACGGUAUCAUGUUUGUCAGAAAUGACUGUAAGACGUUUCGGUUCUGUCGCUCCAAGUGCCACAAAGCGUUCAAGAAGAAGAAGAACCCUCGCAAAGCUAAAUGGACGAAGGCUUUCAGGAAAUCCCAUAGCAAAGAACUCACUGUGGAUUCUGCCUUUGAGUUUGAGAAGAAGAGACACGUGCCUGUCAAGUACCAGAGGAAGCUAUGGGAGAAAACAGUCGAUGCCAUUCAGAGGGUGGAAAAGAUAAAACAGAGACGCCAGGACCGCUUCGUCAAGAACAGGCUGAAGGCAGGCUUGAAGUUGCAAGAGGAGGCGGAAAAGAGGGAAGUGGAACAAGGAAUCCAUCUACUGCAAGACCCACGAGGUGCCUAGUGCCAUGCAUGUUUUGUAACCCUUACAUUCGAACCGUCCCCGCCCCCCUCCUUUCCCUCUCUGCCUCUAGCCAUCACCCAAAAGGCUAGAGAAGCACAGCUCCAGAGACAAAAGGACAAAGACAAGACACCAGCCAUGGAGAUGGAGACUAAUGACUGACCGUCCACUACCAAUAUUUCUCCCUUGUUGUGUGUGUGUGCCUUUAUGUUUGUCAGUGUGUGUGUAUGAUAUCAAUAAUGCAGCCGUUACACGCAUCCAAAGGCCUGGAUGAGUGUGUAAAAAUGAGACUUCCCACGGCUUUAGCUGGACAUGUAUUGUGAAACGAGCCCACCUACAUGUAU